AUGGAUGUCAUAGGGGAUUCAUCCCGCAGAAGAAUGCUCGAGACACGGGGCAUCCGCGCCUCCCCAUCUGCCAGCCUCAGGUCGCACUCCUGGUCUCAGAGAGCCCCCGGCUCCACGUCCAUGUCCUACAAAAGAGCCACCAACGUGCCAGCAAGCAGGGCAUACACGAGCGCGUCCGCAGCAGUCUUAGCCACGCCAGGCAGCCUAGAACUCUCAUCCGCGCUCAAUGCCGACCACGCGCGCAACAACGAGAAGGAACAGCUUCAAGGGCUGAAUGACCGAUUCGUCAGUUAUAUUGAUAAAGUCCGUUAUCUGGAAGAGCAGAAUAAACUGCUGGAGACUGAAAUUCAAGAACUCCGGCAGAGAAAGUUCACGCAGUCAAAACUUAGUGAUGCAUUCGACCAAGAGCUGAGCGAACUCCGUUCCACGCUAGAGCAGCUGCACAGAGAGAAGGCUCAGAUCAUUGUUGAUGCAGAUAACAUCGAAGAAGACAUUCACCGUCUGAAAAAUCGCUUUGAUGAUGAAGCACGCUUUAGAGAAAAAACGGAGAUUGCAAUCUGGGAACUGAAGAAGGAAAAAGACGACUCGGUUCUGAUUAAAUCGGACCUGGAGAAAAAAGUUCAGUCUCUCUUGGAUGAAGCAGACUUCCUGCGCAGUAACCACGCAGUGGAGGUCAGCGAACUCCUUGCUCAGCUCCAGGAGGCGCAGGUGCCUGUGGAUAUGAGGGAGUUCAGUAAAACGGACAUCACCUCCGCGCUCCGGGAAAUCCGCGCGCAACUGGACGGCCUCUCCUCACAAAACCUACAGCAAGCGGAAGAGGUGUUCCAGUGCCGCUAUGCCAAACUUUCGGACGCGGCAGAUCAGAACAAGGACGCGAUCAAAUCUGUUCGGGAUGAGAUCGCAGAUUAUCGCCGGCAGUUGCAGGUGAAGAAUGUCGAACUGGAGGCUCUCCAUGGCACGAAGGACUCCCUGGACAGACAGCUGAAUGACACUGAAGACCGUCAUAACAACGACCUAGGCAGCUACCAGGAUAUGAUCCAUCAGCUGGACAGCGAGCUGAAGGGAAUGAAGAGGGAGAUGUCUCACCACCUCAGGGAAUACCAGGAUCUGCUCAAUGUCAAGAUGGCUCUGGAUGCUGAGAUCGCUGCCUACAGGAAUCUUCUGGAGGGUGAAGAGACUCGCUUUAGGGGUUUUGUUGAUUCCUACCCAAGUCCCGCCUUCCCAUACCGUCAGCCAAUGACCUCCAAAGCAAAGAAAGAGGACAAACAGGCAGACCUGAACGAGGAACUGGCCGCCGUAGCGGAGGAGCUUCAGGCAGAGGGGGGUGAGGAAGAGGAGGGGGGGGAGGAAGAGCAGGAGGCUGUGGAAGAAGAGGUGGCUGCCUCCAAGCAGCCUAAAGUGAGUGCUACACCCCCUACAGGAGAGGAGGAGGAGGAGGAAGAAGAAGUAGAGGGGGAUAAGGAGGAGGGAGAGGAGGAAGCGAAGGCAGAUGCUGAGGAAGAGGAAGAAACCAGCAAAGGAUCUAAAGAUGAGGAGCAGGAUGAUAAAGAACAAGAGUCAGGAGAGAAAGAGAAAAAGAGUGACUCAGAAGGAGAGGAGAAGAAGAAGGGGAAGAAGAGUGAUGUAGAGAAAGAGGAGAAAAAGAGUGAUUCAAAAGGAGAGGAGAAGAAGAGUGAUACAGAGAAAGAGGAGAAGAAGAGUGAUUCAAAAGGAGAGGAGAAGAAGAGUGAUGUAGAGAAAGAGGAGAAAAAGAGUCAUACAGAGAAAGAGGAGAAGAAGAGUGACUCAGGAGAGGGGAAGAAGAGUGAUGUAGAGAAAGAGGAGAAGAAGAGUGACUCAGGAGAGGGGAAGAAGAGUGAUGUAGAGAAAGAGGAGAAGAAGAGUGAUUCAAAAGGAGAGGAGAAGAAGAGUGAUUCAGAGAAAGAGGAGAAGAAGAGUGAUUCAGAAGGAGAGGAGAAGAAGAGUGAUACAGAGAAAGAGGAGAAGAAAGGUGAUACAGAGAAAGAGAAGGAGGAGGAGAAGGAGGAGGAGGAGGCAGCUGUCACCAACGGAAAACAGAAGAGUCCCACCCAGACAGCUGGAAGCCCAAAGGAGGAGGUGGUUCUGACCCAAACCGUAGAGACCAUCACCAAUGGAGAGAAGGUCGCCCCCAAGCCUGCCAAGAGCAAGGCAGCCGUGGAGGUCAAAGAGGAAAAACCCACGCCCAAGACAUCUGCCCCAGCCUCUACUGCCCCAGCCUCUAAAGAGGUAAAAGAGAAGUAAUAAGUAACACUACGAGUCAAAACUACUAAGACAAGCUACAGCAAGUGAUUAUAGCUGCAUGUAAUGCUGAAGAUGGUUGAGGAGGAGAGAUGUUUGGGCAUAUGUCAGGGAUAGGAUCUACAUGAGAACAAAUAUGCAUAAACACUAUGAGACCUUAGAGCUUCAGAAGAGAGUGAGUACUGAGUUGGUGCUAUGCUGGCAUGAGAAAGGUCAGCCUUUAGAGAGGGUGAGGUGAAGAUGUGUAUAGAAAGAGUUAGAGCUAAAGAUGAAUCUGGAAGGCUCAAACUGACAGUCAUGUCCCAAAGGUGCUACUCCAUCAAAUGUGUCCACGGUUGGCCACUGGUCCAUUGUGAUCCAUCACUGAUCCUCCAGCUGUGCUGUGCUGCGCUGCUAAAGCUUCCUGCCUUACAGGCGCCUCGUGCUGGGCGCUCUCUCAGCCAUGUAACAUAAGAACACAAAUACUGCUGUUUACAACUCCAAAGCAAUAUGUCUUGUAUAUAUAUAUUGCCUCAAUAAAAACAAAACAAACCUCUCUGCAUCGUGUGAGCUCUCUUCACUUCCUUUGGGUGUGGACUCCUUUCCAAAAGGUCUCUCUGUGUGGGGCCUGUCCAGAAAUGACAUGUGCAUCCACGUGUAGCUGUUACUGGUGUAUCUAUAGAUGGGUAACACUGUAUUUGAAGGAUGGUGUGUUAGCAAUUAACGUGCAGCUGAUAUAUGUCUGUAUCAGUGCCCAAUAAGGCCUGCGGUAAGCAUGAUUAAUCACCUGUAUUUACCAAGUUCUUAUUCUUAUUGAAUAGGUCAUUUAUUGCUGGCAUAUCCUUAAUAACAACCUAGUUGGUCUCAAUCUAAACUCACUGAUAUAUAGUAAUAAUCAAAAUAAAAAGUGUAUAGCCUCUUAAUAUACUGUCUGAAUAUGUUAGUUAUAGUUGCAAAACAGUUGUAGAAUAAGUAUUCCUACUGGCAAACUUCAUACCAUGACAACUUGAUAACAAUGAGCAC